GGCUGCCGGGGCGCGGCGGGAGCUGGGGCGCGGCGGCGAGGGCCGGCUCCCCACCCCAUCCCGCCGACUUUAAAUUCCCCCGCGCUGGGGCGGCUGGUGCACACUUACCGGCCACUCUGCUGCUCUGCAAGCCCGGCGACUCCGGCGCUCGGCUUCAGGCGGAAGAUGCUGCUGCUUGAUUGCAACUCAGAGGUGGGGAGUCUGACGCCUCUGCUGGCGGCCGGGGCCUCGGUCAACGCACCCCCGGACCCCUGCGAGCAGUCGCCUGUGCACUUGGCCGCGGGCGGCGGCCGGGCCUGGUUUCUUCUCUGGCAGCUGCAGACCGGCGCGGACCUCAACCAGCAGGAUGUUUUUGGCGAAGCUCCACUCCACAAGGCAGCCAGAGUGGGAAGCCUGGAAUGCCUUAGCCUGCUUGUAGCCAGUGAUGCCCAGAUUGACUUAUGUAAUAAGAAUGGGCAAACAGCUGAAGAUCUUGCUUGGUUGUGUGGAUUUCCUGAAUGUGCCAAGUUCCUCACAGCGAUUAAACGUAUGCAGACAGAACACCCAGGAGAACCGUCCCACAGAGACCCCUGUGUGCCGGUGCUCAGGCAGAAACGAAGUUCUGCGAGUGCAGGAAAUACAAGUGGGAAAAGGAAGUGUCCACGACUUGGGUCUGAGGAGGUGUGACGAGGCAGAUCUGCCGCUCAGCAUCAAGCCAUGGCUUUUGCUCCUCGGGCAUCUAAAGUCCUUCUGAGAAGGAGGAGAACUUUCUUCUAAGUGAAGAGAACAUUUAUGAAUACAUGUAUUUACAUGCCGACACUAUUGUGGUUGCACAUGCUUUGUCUAUUGAGUUCUGAAAGGAAUGUCUAAAGACUAAAUUCUUUUUUUGUGUGGAAUUUAUAACCUUUGGGAAAAAUCAAGGUUAAACCAUCCAACUACACACCAGGAUUCAUUUGAAAAAUUAAACUUAUUUUUUAUUAAUAAAUUUAUAAUAAACUUUACAGUC